CUGUCAUAUGGUUUUCUAGUGGACAGUCGGAAGCAGCUGUUACAGUUGAAUCUGCGCGACGUAAAGUUGGCCGAAGAUGUUGAUUGUUCUUACGUGGCGCGUCUUUUGGAUGGCUAUUCUGGCGCCGACAUCACUAACGUUUGCCGUGACGCUGCCAUGAUGUCUAUGAGGAGGCGUAUUGCGGGCCUUACACCAGAAGAAAUCCGAUCACUUCCGAAAGAAGAGGUGGACCUGCCUGUUACUCAGCAGGACUUUAUCGAAGCCAUAAAUAAAACUGGCAAAUCAGUGUCUAAACAAGACCUGGUCAAAUAUGAAAAAUGGAUGCGUGAAUUUGGAUCAACCUGA